AUGAAAGUAAAAUAGCUUUGUAUUAACUCAUAUAAGCCUCCAGUUUAAUCUUAAAAUUGGGCUUCUAGCUUAUUUUUGAACCUCUAUAGAUGUAAUUCCUAAUAGAUAUCUCGCCAUUUACAUCGACUUAAAGUCAAUAAUGUAGUGAAAGGUGGCUAGAGCUUUAUCUUUGGAGAGGAGAAAGUUGGAUUAGCAGUUGGAGUUAAGGGUUCCUGUUACAAUGCAGGAGGAGAAGUAGCAAGAAAAGCAAGACUAUAUGGUUUUGGCACAGUUGUAUUAACCCAGAAUGAAUUAAAUAUAAAAGAAACAUCUUAAGUAAUUUCUGGAUUGAUACAAGCCAAUUAUAAAUAUAAGUUAUUAGGAGAUGUUGCAUAAGAAAAAUAACAAAGUGAUGAAAAUAAUGAUCAAUAUAGUUAUAUAUCUGAUUUGCAUGUUUAAGAAAAUAUAUUUGAAGAUUCUUACUUUUAACAAUUGGUUUAAAUGGCUUAAAUAAAAUUGUAUGCAAGAGAUUUGGCAAAUACAAGGCAAGAAGGAACACCAUAAUAUUUUGUGGAUGAAGUAAAAACGCUAUUUAAAGAUAAUCCUAAUGUUGAGAUAUAAAUCUUAUAAGGUAAAUAAUUAUUAGAAAGUUAAUUGAAUCUCUUUUAUGCAGUCGGAUAAGGAUCCAUACAUCCACCUACAUUAAUAAAUUUGACAUAUAGAGGUAAUAAGGAUUCUCAACAUUUGCAUGCUUUAGUUGGUAAAGGAAUUACAUUUGAUACCGGUGGUUUACAUUUAAAAUCAUAUGGUAAUAUGGAAACUAUGCAUCUUGAUAAAUCUGGAGCCUGUAAUGUAUUGGCUGCUUUUAAAGGAGCUGUAGAUAUGAAAUUAAAAGUAAAUGUUACAGUAACUUUGGGUAUGGCUGAAAAUGCGAUCUCAAAUACAUCAUAUAAGCCAUCCAAUAUUUUCAAAAGUCAUAAGGGAUUAACAGUAGAGAUCAAUAAUACAGAUGCCGAAGGACGUUUAGUAUUGGCUGAUUGUUUAAGUUGGACAUAGGCUACUUAUAAUCCAACUACAAUAGUGGAAAUAUCAACAUUAACAGGUGCUUGUGCAGCUGCUUUAGGAGAGAAUACAGGAGGAUUAUUCAGCAACAAUGAUGAAUUGUCAUCAGAACUUUUAGAAAUAGGAAAAGAAUUGUAAGAGCCAUUUUGGAGAAUGCCUGUAACUGAUGAACAUAAGGAUAUGAUGAAGGGUUAAUUUGCAGAUUUAUGUAAUAUUGGAAAAUCAAAAGUAUGUGGAGCUAGUAAGGCUGCAGCAUUUUUAUUUAAUUUUGUGGAUGAAAAUGUAUUAAAUAUAAGUAAAAUAGACACCAUUUGCUCAUCUUGAUAUUGCAGGACCAAUGGAUAGUAAAGCAGAUAAAGGUAUUUAUCCACCAGGAGCCACUGGUUUUGGUACAUAAGUGCUAUUAAAAUACCUUGUAAACAAGUAGGAAUGA